CAUAGAAUUGACAGCAACAUGAAAUGUCAGUAAUUUUUUCUUUUCUCGAUAAAAGAAGGAAAAGUGCUUUGAACAAGAAAGGUGUGGUUGGAAAACAUAAAUUUUACUAUUAGAUUAAUGCAGUUAGCUUAUAAAAAUUGUUAAAGAUCUUCCGGAAAGUGUUAAUAUUACAUAUUAGAGCUUCAGCAUAAUGGCAGGACGUCUACCGGCUUGUGUGAUCGACGUGGGCACAGGCUAUACGAAGUUGGGGUAUGCAGGUAACAAAGAACCGCAAUUCAUCAUUCCAUCGGCAAUUGCGAUUAAGGAGACGGCACGCGUGGGAGAUACGAAUACGCGGCGAAUAACAAAAGGCGUCGAAGAUUUGGAUUUCUAUAUUGGCGAUGAAGCAUUCGAUGCCACCGGAUACUCGGUGAAGUACCCAGUGCGUCAUGGUCUAGUGGAAGACUGGGAUUUGAUGGAACGAUUUCUGGAGCAGUGUAUUUUUAAAUAUCUGCGUGCCGAACCAGAAGAUCACCACUUUUUGCUAACCGAGCCCCCACUAAAUACACCAGAAAAUCGCGAAUAUACCGCUGAGAUUAUGUUUGAAACAUUUAAUGUUCCUGGUCUCUACAUUGCAGUGCAGGCUGUACUUGCAUUGGCCGCCAGCUGGGCUGCCAGGCCUGUGGAAGGACGCACACUUACUGGCAUUGUUGUAGAUAGCGGCGAUGGUGUAACACACGUUAUUCCCGUGGCCGAAGGCUAUGUUAUUGGGUCUUGCAUCAAACAUAUUCCAAUUGCUGGCCGCAAUAUCACCUCAUUCAUACAGAGUUUGUUGCGCGAACGUGAAGUUGGCAUACCGCCUGAGCAAAGUUUAGAGACUGCCAAAGCAAUCAAAGAAAAGCACUGUUAUAUUUGUCCAGACAUCGCCAAAGAAUUUGCCAAAUACGAUACGGAACCUGGCAAAUGGAUACGUAACUACACUGGAACUAACGCGGUGACCAAGCAACCAUUCAGUGUGGAUGUGGGCUACGAACGUUUCUUAGGACCUGAGAUUUUCUUCCAUCCCGAAUUUUCAAAUCCUGAUUUUACCAUUCCACUAUCGGAGAUCGUAGACAACGUCAUACAAAAUUGCCCGAUUGAUGUGCGACGACCUCUAUAUAAUAAUAUCGUUUUGAGUGGUGGUUCGACUAUGUUCAAAGAUUUUGGUCGUCGUUUGCAGCGUGAUAUCAAGCGAUCAGUUGAUACGCGUCUACGAAUUAGCGAAAAUUUAUCAGAGGGUCGCAUCAAGCCAAAACCAAUCGAUGUUCAAGUCAUUACACAUCAUAUGCAGCGAUAUGCAGUGUGGUUUGGAGGUAGCAUGUUGGCAUCUACGCCUGAGUUUUAUCAAGUGUGCCACACAAAGGCUGCCUAUGAAGAAUAUGGUCCUGGCAUUUGUCGUCACAAUCCUGUUUUCGGCACCAUGACAUAAUCAUACAUCAGACUGUGCCCACAUAUUUGUUUUCUCUCCUAUCUAUUAGAUUUCCAUUUCUUUUUGAUUUUGUUAUAUGCAAAAGUGAAAAUAUUUACGUCGCAAGCUAAAACAGAUUUCAAAUAGACGGUACAAGGCGGUGUAAUGCACAUAACAUUUUUUUUUUACGUUGACUCGUUUUCGUAAUAUAACUGAAUUACUGUGUUAAGCUGCUGAGUUAUGAUAUCAUAUGUUUUAUACUUAAAGUCAAUAACUAAUGAUCAAGCUGCAUGUUUUCUUAUUUUCAUAAUUGUCACAGCUAAAAAGUAAUUAUUUUGAUGUAGUCAACGCAUUUCUUGAACAGUUGGCAGUUUUAUACAUACGUAUACUCGUAUACAUAUGUAUGUAAGCAUUUAAGAUGCGAAGCUUGUGGAAGUGCUGCAGUGGAGCUUGAAAUAAUGAAAUAAAAAAAUUAAAUAGAAUUUAUUACUAAUUUUGUAACAUUACAACUCAACUGCAUUACUUACACAAAUACUAUGGUAUGAGCUUCUAAUAUACUAUAACUCUAUUAUUAAUGUAAAUGUCAUUUUUAUGUUCAACUAUUAAAGUGAAACAGUAUAGCAAAAAAAGGAAUAUACCUAAAUAUUUAACAUUUUGGCCAAUUACAAUUAAAUUGAAACUAUAAAUGAAUAAAACGUGCUGAUGCACCGGAAACUUA